UUAACAAUCAACAAUGUACAUAGUUUGGAACCAUACAAGGCGCAGAUUGAGUCUGCGGUUGAUAUGGUUGGAACUGAGAGAAUUGAGGAGAUUGAUAAGGACACUGCGGUUGAUUUCUUUGAACUGGAUAGCGAAUGUCUUGGUUUCUUGGAUUUUGUUGAUAGAAUGAUUGAUAAUAAUCCCCAGGACCUCGAUGACACAACUGAUAAGGACCUUGAUGGCACGGAAAAGAUGAUGGUUUUUGCUGGUGAUACUGAUCUUCAUUUUGAUGACAAGGCUGACAAUCUGGCAUAUCACACUGCUGUUGGUAGCCAAUUUGUGACGGGGGACUUAUGA